AUGUCCACAGAAACGCCCUUUAUCGUCGACGGCGAGGUCAUGUUUUCACACCCGCCGAACAACUGGCCGACCGACGAGUUCAGCUGGAGAGACCCGGUGCGGUCGUUCGUCCAGGAGCACUACUUCAUCUUUGGCGUCAUGGGCUCGCUGGCACUGAUCGCGCUCUGCCAGCGCUUCUACACCAAGGCAUUUCUCUCCAAGGGUCUAGCAGUGGACGAUUUGUUCAUGUUCUUCGCCUGGAUAACCUCGGUGACCACACAAGCCCUCAUGUGCUACCAGGUCGCCAACAAGACGCUGGGCCUGCACGGGUGGGAGAUGGUUGCUUCACACUUUGCCAAAGACAUGCCCAUCACAUAUGCCACGGCCGGCAUCUUCCAAAUGUGCAACGGCUUCACCAAGCUGUCCCUGCUCACAUUCUACCUCCAGCUCUCGCCGCAGAGGGGCUGGAAGAUUGCCAACUGGAUUGCCAUUGCCAUUGUCGCCGUCUCCUCCACCGUCAUCACACUCAUGCUGUACCUCUACUGCCGGCCACCAGCCAAGGCGUACAUGCCUCAGCUGGAGGGCGACUGCUUGAAUCCGGGUGCGCUGUACAUUGCCACGGCCGUCUCCAACAUUGUCACCGACCUGAUGCUCUUCGUCCUGCCGAUCCCCAUGGUGGUCAAGCUCCGGAUGAGCAAGGUGCAAAAGGGCGGUGCCGUCUUUAUCUUUGGCAUCGGCUCCGUGACAGUCGCCACCUCGGGCGUCCGCCUCCACUACCUGAUGAAGGUCUUGAACACAACAGAUCUCACCUGGGACGCGGCACAAGCCAACAUUUGGUCCCUCAUCGAAGCCAACCUCUUCAUCAUCUGCGGCUCCAUGCCGACCCUGCGCAAGUUCUUCAAGCACUUUGCCCCGCGCCUCAUGGGCGGCUCGUCCGCCAACACCAACUCGAAUGGCUAUCGACACUAUGGCGGCACCUCGGGCGCGCGUCUCGAGACGAUUGGGGGCACGAACAAGGAGACGCGCAAGGCAAGGAGCCGCUACAUGGAGAUGGACGACAUGCACGACCUCUCGGCCAUGACCAGGAAUGACAUUGGUACCGACGACAAUGUGGAUCGGGUGCAUAACGACAAUGGUAGUGACAAGGCGAUACUGCAGACCAAGACAGUCGAGGUUUCGUAUUCAAGAUGCUGA